GCUUUGCCCUGCCUCUCCCUGCCCCGCCGCGCCCCCGGUCCGUUGACGACUCUCCUCUCUGGGCCCCGCCCCUCCCGCUUCGGGGUCAAGACCCAGAGAGCGCCGCGAAAACCACAUUUCCCAGAGUGCACCGCGACGGCAGGGGUCCUCAGACCGGCGCUCGCUCGCCGGCGUCAUCUCUAUAAAGAAGAACGGCGGUGCGGCCUGUGGUCAUGGCGCUGUUCCCAGCCUUUGCGGGGCUUAGUGAGGCUCCCGAUGGUGGGAGCUCCAGGAAAGAGUUAGACUGGCUGAGCAACCCAAGCUUUUGUGUUGGAUCCAUAACGUCCCUGAGCCAACAAACUGAAGCAGCCCCAGCCCAUGUUUCUGAAGGGCCACCGCUGACGAGGAGUCAUCUGAAAUCAGAGUCUUCAGAUGAAAGUGACACUAACAAAAAGCUCAAACAAACAAGCAGAAAAAAGAAGAAAGAGAAAAAGAAAAAAAGGAAGCAUCAGCAUCAUAAGAAAACAAAGAGGAAGCAUGGGCUGUCGAGUAGCAGCAGGUCUGAGACAGACACUGAUUCUGAAAAGGACAAACCUUCCAGAGGCGUCGGAGGCAGUAAAAAGGAAUCUGAGAAACCGAAUCAAGGAAAUAAUGCUGCAGCUGAUACUGGACAUCGCUUUGUUUGGCUUGAGGACAUUCAGGCUGUGACGGGAGAAACCUUCAGAACAGAUAAGAAACCAGAUCCUGCGAACUGGGAGUACAAGUCUCUCUACCGAGGGGAUAUAGCAAGAUACAAGAGGAAAGGAGACUCCUGCCUUGGCAUUAACCCUAAGAAGCAGUGCAUAUCUUGGGAAGGGACUUCCACAGAGAAGAAGCAUUCACGCAAGCAGGUUGAACGCUAUUUUACUAAGAAGAGUGUGGGAUUAAUGAACAUUGAUGGAGUUGCCAUUAGCAGUAAAACUGAACCUCCCUUAUCUGAGCCCGUCUCCUUUAUACCAGUGAAGGACUUGGAAGAUGCGGCUCCUGUUACAACCUGGUUGAAUCCUCUGGGGAUUUAUGAUCAGUCAACCACACAGUGGCUACAAGGACAGGGUCCUCCAGAGCAGGAAUCAAAGCAGCCAGACGCACAGCCAGACAGCGAGAGUGCGGCUCUCAAGGCCAAGGUGGAGGAGUUUAACAGGAGAGUGCGGGAGAAUCCUCGGGAUACGCAGCUGUGGAUGGCAUUCGUUGCUUUUCAGGACGAGGUCAUGAAAAGUCCUGGCCUGUAUGCCAUCGAGGAAGGAGAGCAGGAAAAGCGAAAGAGGUCCCUGAAGGUCAUUCUGGAGAAGAAGCUGGCCAUUCUGGAGCGGGCCAUUGAGAGCAACCAGAGCAGUGUGGAUCUGAAACUGGCCAAGCUGAAGCUCUGCACAGAGUUCUGGGAGCCCUCCACUCUGGUCAAAGAGUGGCAGAAACUGAUAUUUUUGCAUCCCAAUAAUACAGCCCUUUGGCAGAAAUACCUUUUAUUUUGCCAGAGCCAGUUUAGUACCUUUUCGAUAUCAAAAAUUCACAGCCUUUAUGGAAAAUGCUUGAGCACUUUGUCUGCUGUUAAGGACGGCAGCAUCUUAUCUCACCCUGCGUUGCCUGGCACGGAAGAGGCCAUGUUUGCACUCUUUCUUCAGCAGUGCCACUUUCUGCGGCAGGCCGGCCACUCUGAGAAGGCCAUCUCAUUGUUCCAGGCCAUGGUGGACUUCACCUUCUUCAAACCCGACAGCGUGAAAGAUCUGCCUACCAAAGGACAGGUGGAAUUCUUUGAGCCCUUUUGGGACAGUGGAGAGCCCCGGGCUGGGGAGAAGGGAGCCCGAGGCUGGAAGGCGUGGAUGCACCAGCAGGAACGAGGUGGCUGGGUGGUCAUCAACCCAGAUGAGGAUGACGAUGAACCAGAAGAGGACGACCAGGAAAUAAAAGAUAAGACUCUGCCCAGGUGGCAGAUCUGGCUUGCUGCUGAGCGUUCCCGAGAUCAGAGGCACUGGCGGCCCUGGCGCCCUGAUAAGACCAAGAAGCAAAGUGAGGAAGACUGUGAGGAUCCCGAGAGACAGGUGUUGUUUGAUGAUAUUGGGCAGUCUUUGAUCAGACUUUCCAGCCACGAUCUUCAGUUCCAGCUGGUGGAGGCCUUCCUGCAGUUCUUGGGUGUGCCUUCUGGCUUUACUCCUCCAGCCUCCUGUCUUUAUCUGGCCAUGGAUGAGAACAGCAUCUUUGAUAAUGAACUUUAUGAUGAAAAGCCCUUGACUUUUUUCAACCCUUCAUUUUCUGGGGCUAGCUGUGUUGGUCGCUUGGAUAGGUUAGGCUGUCCUCGCUGGACCAGGGGUCAGAACCGAGAGGGCGAGGAGUUCAUCCGCAAUGUCUUCCACCUUGUCAUGCCCUUGUUUUCAGGCAAAGAGAAGUCCCAGCUCUGCUUCUCCUGGUUACAGUAUGAGAUUGCAAAGGUCAUUUGGUGCCUGCACACUAAAAACAAGAAGAGAUUAAAGUCACAAGGGAAGAACUGCAAAAAACUAGCCAAGAAUCUCCUUAAGGAGCCAGAAAACUGCAACAACUUUUGCCUGUGGAAGCAGUAUGCACAUCUGGAGUGGUUGCUUGGCAACACGGAGGAUGCCAGAAAAGUUUUUGACACAGCACUCGGCAUGGCAGGAAGCAGAGAACUGAAAGACUCUGACCUCUGUGAGCUCAGUCUGCUCUAUGCUGAGCUGGAGGUGGAGCUGUCGCCAGAAGUGAGAGGGGCCGCCACAGCCCGAGCUGUUCACAUAUUAACCAAGCUGACUGAGAGCAGCCCCUAUGGGCCCUACACUGGACAGGUGUUGGCUGUUCACAUUUUGAAAGCGCGAAAGGCUUACGAGCACGCGCUGCAGGACUGUUUGGGUGACAGCUGUGUCUCUGAUCCAGCUCCCACCGAUUCCUGUAGCCGCCUAAUUAGCCUGGCUAAAUGCUUCAUGCUCUUCCAGUAUUUGACCAUAGGGAUUGAUGCUGCUGUGCGGAUAUACGAACAGGUGUUUGCAAAACUGAACAGUUCUGUUUUCCCAGAAGGCUCUGGCGAGGGGGACAGUGCCAGCUCCCAGAGUUGGACCAGUGUUCUCGAAGCCAUCACACUGAUGCACACAAGCCUGCUGAGAUUCCACAUGAAAGUGAGUGUUUACCCACUGGCCCCUCUGCGAGAGGCACUCUCACAGGCUUUAAAGUUGUAUCCGGGCAACCAGGUUCUUUGGAGGUCCUAUGUACAGAUUCAGAAUAAGUCCCACAGUGCCAGCAAGACCAGGAGAUUUUUUGACACAAUCACCAGGUCUGCCAAACCCUUGGAGCCUUGGUUGUUUGCAAUUGAAGCUGAGAAACUGAGGAAGAGACUGGUGGAAACUGUCCAGAGGUUAGACAGUAGAGAGAUCCAUGCCACAAUUCCUGAGACCGGCUUAAUGCAUCGGAUCCAAGCCCUGUUUGAAAAUGCCCUGUGCAGCGACAGUGGCAGCCAGUGCCCCUUGCUGUGGAGGAUGUAUUUGAACUUUCUGGUUUCCUUAGGAAAUAAAGAAAGAAGCAAAGGUGUAUUCUACAAAGCACUUCAGAAUUGUCCUUGGGCAAAGGUAAGUGUUAAAGGCCAUGGUGUCUUCAGCUUCCCAAAGACUUCCCGCCAGGUCUCCGUCCAGCUAGUGUCUUCCUGGCCUGCCCCGCGGUACUGGGGAUGCUCGGCUCAUGGAUGCCAUACCCUGUCCCAAGGUACAUCCAGAGCCUUUUCCUGGUGAAACUGUCCCCUGUGGAGUCAGAGCCUGGCCCUGCCUGGGGCUGGUGCUUCAUGGAAGUGUUGCUGUGGGUAGCUGGUUUCCCAGCAUUUGGUCAGAGUCCAGCCCAGAUGCUGAAAGAGUUGGGAUCAUGUCCCAGCCCGGCUGUGAGAGCCCAGGUCAGGUGACACUCAGAAGUGAAACUGAGGGCGAUGGCCAGCAAUUCCUGGACCCCUUUUAAAAGAGAAGGCCUUGCUUGGCGUUUGCUCACUUUUGCAAGUUCAAUGUCCUUCCUGAACAUGCCCAGUGCUGCCUGAGUUAAAGUGUGAGCCAAGGGGAGCAGGGGCCGUGGAGGGCGACAGGAGGGCAGGGUCACCAGGAACCUGGCCCUUGCUUCCUGAGCUCCUCCAGGCUGACAGGAAGUGGCGGCUGAGUGGGGUGGCCUUCCUGCCUGCCCCUAGGUGUUGUACCUGGAUGCUGUGGAGUACUUCCCCGAUGAGAUGCAGGAGAUCCUGGACCUGAUGACUGAGAAGGAGCUCCGGGUGCGCCUGCCGCUGGAGGAGCUGGAGCUGCUGCUGGAGGAUUAGAGAGCAGCAGGGAAAUGGGCUGUGCCUGCGAGGCCAAGUUACCCACCCUGCGGAGCUAGGAGGCGCGAGCGGAGAACGGGUGUGUUAGGAGAACUCGGCUUUUGAAAUGUUCUUUCUCGAUAGUAAUAACGUGGGCUGCCAGCCUCUCACAUCUUCCACACUUUUUGGGUGGGUAAAUGACACAAAAGCUAUUUACAUAUUAUAUAUGUGAAUAUGUGUAUAUAUGUACAUAGCCAGAGAGUCAUGCCAAGUGGUCGUUAAACCGAUGAUGAUUGAGGUGUGGCAGCGUCCUUGCUCAUUCUCUGCCUGUACGCAGCCAGCACCGGCCCCCGCACGGUGAAUGUAUCCCCUCCGCUGGCGUCGUGGUAGUCCUGCCAGGCCCUCUCUGAGAUGAAGGUCUGGUUUUUCAGCACUAGGAUGUCUUCCCCAGGCUGGUGAGCAGGAGAUUUUGCUCGUGUUCAGACCCGCAGUUAACGCUUAGUGUUCCGGCCCGCACGCAGUGUGUGGAAAGUUCCCUGAGCUUACCCCGGCGGCAAUGCCUCCGCCUGGAGCUGGAGGGGCAGCGUGCCCUGGGGCUGCUGAAAAACUCAGGCCUGACCCUAUGGAGUCAGAACCCGCUCUCCAGCAGGUCCCAGGCCACUUGAGUGUGGAAGGCUGCCUGGGGCAGUGGCAGCCUCUGCGGGAAGCCUGCUCCCAAGCCGUCUAGGAGCCGAGCACGCUGUACCGCCAGCCCCAGCCCUGCCUGCAUGAGGGGCCCGGCACGCUUGUGCAGCAACACUGCUUACACUAUGAAGGCCAAGGCUGGCCCGGUUCUGGUGUUGCGUUUGAGGGCUGUGAACAGAAUGAAAUGUCAACAUCCAUCUUUCAGACUUGUUCUGCCUCCGAAUAGAGUUUUAGUGCUGAGUCAUUUUCACUAUUAACAUAUGGCUGGGAGGAAUGGUUUUCUUAUCUUCUCUGAGCUCUAGACUGGCUAGCUUCUCUCUGGCUUUUUUUGUUUUAUUUUGUUUUCCUCUCUUUAGAAUUGCUGUAUACUUGUAUCUCCUCCGCACCACGUUUAGAAAAGCCAGUGUGUAAUUUUGGCUGGUAACUGAUGGACACGGCGGGCAGCGGCGGGCAGCAGCAGGCAGGGCAGCGCACGAGAGCGCCUCCCAGGGCACGGUGGGAAACUGGCCAGCCUAGCCCCGCUACUGCCCUCUCCUGCUCAUCCCCAGUCCCUGAGCUACAGGUGGCUGUAGGCAGAAGCCCACUGGGUGUUCCUUAGCGACAGACAGGUCGUCACCUGCUCCCCUUGAUGCCUUUUCACAGAAACAACCCUCAACUUGAGGAAGUUGAGAGCUCGACUCCAAGGUGGACUUGCUCCCCCUCCCCGAGAGCUGACUGGCUUGAACUGUCAUGAGUUCCUGGCUGCCCACAAAGAGGGACCUUCUCCACCCUUGUCCUCUGCGCGGGGCGGACAUCAGCCAGAUACAUCACAGACCUGAUUGGGGGCAGGGAGUAAGGAAGUCCAGGACCAAACCAUGCUCCCCAUGACAGCAGCUGGUGCCUCAGUCCCCAUCUGACUCAUGUUUCUUCUCAUCUGGUUCAGAACUUAGAAGGGCGUGGCCUCUGAUCAGCUGGUUCCCUCAAACCCCAGUGGCAACCUGUCCCUUGAGAGCCAGGAAUGGCUCUUAGCAGUGGGCAGUGAGCCCUCGAGAGGAUAAAGCGGCUGCUCGAACAGAUUGCGAGCACAUUACUUGCUGCAUGGGAAGAG